AUGAAUGUAAAUUGAAAUAUCAAGUGAUCGAUUUUAUAGUAAGGUAAGCUCUGCAACAUUUCUUAACUUGUAAUUGAAAGUAUACGCACGUGUUUUUAUGACGUAUAAAAAUGUAAUAAUUUACGUACUGAUAUGAUUGUGAGACGUUAAAAAUUUUGAUUGCGAAUUUCGAAUUGUUUUGGAGCGCGCGACACCAGAGGUGCCCAACAUCGGGUUGAAGCUAGGCGCAUGAUUGAUAGUUUAAAAAAGUUUUCGUUUGGUAGUUCGAAAGUGCAGCAUCGUUCGAACUACCGGAACGAAAGUGAAAGUUAUUUAUUUGAAGCGCUUACGUUUGUGGGGGGCUUGGACGGGAGGGCGAAGGGUUCGCCUCUAAUGUGAUGCUGCGGUACGAUCUCAUCUACGAAGAGUUUUCUUUUAACCCGCAGGAGAUCGCCGUCUUUUCGAUUUGAGUUGGCUGCAGUUGUUACCGCUUAAAACAAGUUGUCAAAAGUUAUUUUGUAUAUGCGAGUGUCGGUGGGAUUCGAAAAUCGGGGAUAGAAUGCGGCCCCUUUGGACCGGUGAGACACAUUCGGAUCGGAUCGUAGUAUGCGUGGCGAAGAGCCGGCACCAUGGGGGCACCACAGCCUGAGAAGAGAUUGAGCUGACCUAACCUAACCAACAAUAGACGCUAUAUAACUCCGCUCUCUCUGCUCUUGUCAAAAACUGUGGAUAUGUGCGACGGAGAUUCACAAUAAUGUGGCCCAUCCUGUUGGACAUGACUAAAGAGGAAUCGAUGCAACACCUAAGAUGCCUAGAGAUUGACGCGUUCAGCGGGUUGGUGAGCGCCCUGCGAGCGCAGGGUGCAUUAGACAGUGAAAAGCUAAAGAUACUGAAGGAGACUGGCAGCAUCCUGCACAUCUCCCAGGAGAGACACAAGGCUGAGGUCAGGAGGGUUGUCAAUGAUGAGAAGCUGUGCACCAUUGCCUACCACGUCAACGGCGAGAAACAUUCGAACGAUGAAUGGGCCGAGGAGGGGCAAAGGCUGAUACCGCUUAUGGCGAGGAUCGCACCGCAAACAGCGUACUCGGCUAUUGCGGACGAAGUUGCGGAUACUGCAAGCAAGAUUAAUAAGCAACUGCCUUCGCCCUCGUGCACCGAGAGGAAAAGGCCCCCUCCGAUUUCGCCCACCCACAUCAAUGCUAGCACCUCAGACGGAACGGGAAAGAAUAUGCAAUUCAGGCUGAGCGAACCGGAGAUCAAGAAGAGGAAAUUAUCGCUCAGCGUUGACAACAACAACAUGAUGGGUCCCCCCAAAAUUAGCAAAAUACAACAAAUUUAUAGGCAAAAGAGUAAAACUAGACAAAAAGAGCAGGUGAUUAAGAUGAAACCGCAGGAUGGUGAGAUGCCGAAGGUGAUGAUGCAAUCGCCGAUGGCGAAAAUGCAGACGAAGGUAAUCAGCGCAUCGUCGCAAAUCAGUCCUAAAAUCAACAUCUUGCAGAACAUAAGCAUUCACGGACCGACCGGUGGUUGUGCGGUCGAAGAGCAGAGGCCGGAGCCGUCGUGCGGUGGGUCGGCUCCUGCACCUCUACCAUCGGAGGACGCGAAGGACGAAUCGAAACCAGUGCCUAACCAUCAUAACAAAGUGUACGUGAACGCGCCCAACAUCAGUGGAAGUUCUGUUGCUGCUGCUGGUGUUGGUAGUGGUGGUGGUAGUAGUGGUAGUUGUACAAGUGGUAGCGCGAAAGUGAACCAAUUGACAAUCAAGGCGGGAGGCGGUGCGAACGAGGUGAUGCAGAAGACGUUCAAGGUUUGCACGCCGCGGAAGCCUAUUCCGCCGACGAAAACGGUGACGACCAGUUCGGGUCAGAAGUUGAUUGUCGUCUCGACGCCGCAGACGCUGACCAGUUCCACGAUUAUCCAACGGACGCUCUCCACAUUUCCGCUGAAGAACUUCUCGAUGAAGAACCUGGACAAGGUGAAGAUCGUCUCCGGCAACGCAACGACCGCCCCCGCCAUACACAUCCAGAAUUCGGUCAAGCAGAAGGUCGUCACGAUGCGGACCACCGCCAACAAGAAGAUCAUGCCCGUGCAGGUGCUCAACACCAAGACCGGCAUCAAAGUCCUUCCCAUCGGCGGAAAGAUUAUAUCCAAAAAUGGGGAGCACACUUCGGAGGACAUAAUAAUCGACGGGGUGGAUCAACCGUUGGAAGUAUUAAACAUAGUGAGCAAUAUGGACUCGGUGACGAACCAGCAGAAUUGUACCGGUGCUACGACCAUCCUCAAUUCUAAUACUAGUAGUACUAAUUGCUCGUCGAGCGAAAUCACGAAUAACGAUCAAGUGGCUGUGGCUGUGUCUGUGUUGGAAUCUCAAAAGGAGGCGGAGUGCGACAAUUCGAUGAACUGAUACACGCACUCUGUCGUAGUGUGUUAGUUAUAGUGUUGGAAGUAUAAAAGAAAAGAAAAAAAUAGGAGAAGACGAACAAUGAAUGAAUGAAUGAAUUAGUGACACAAUUGUACAUUUUUUAGGACACGAUAUGAUAUAUAUAUACAUAUAUAUAUUUUUUAUGUAAUUCGGAGAUGCGACUGCGCGGAUUCUUAAAGAAAUGUUGUUGUUGAUUUUCUUAAAAAUCGCGAGUCCAGAGAUGUUUCAUUUUCUAGUUUUUUAAUUGUGUAAAAAGGAUUUUGAUAGACAGAAUAACGGACGGAAUAAUGUUCAGAUUAUUCAUUAUUUGGACGAAUAAAUAUAAACAUGCCCUCCUUCUCCUCACAAACCCCCCCAAGGAAAGAAUGGUUAACAGCCAUUAAAAAUAAGUGCUUUAUAAUUUAGUUUGUAACGAUUAUUGUGUAUAUUUUUGUAUGUUCCUCGUCCCCCCCCCGUCUCACACCCCUCUCUCUUCGACGCCCACCGAAGAAGAGGAAGAAGAAGAAGAAUCGAAUCUCCUACGAUUUUCAAAACCCGAACUGAGAACGAGAUUUCAUUAUUACAACAACAGAAAAAGAAAAGGGUAGUUUAUUUAUUGUAUACAAUUUAGCCAUUGCUCAAUACGAAAAUACUUACGUUGUUUUACCUGC